UCACUCCUGAUGUUUUCGUUUCUUAUAAAGACUAACGCCCCCUAGUGGCGAUCUGACGCCUUAAAGACUCAGCCAAUCAGAGAGGACGCUCUGCCGCUCGUCCUUUAACUGACGGGCGCUCCAGCUAAUGGCAGAGCGCCUGCGCAUCUGGCCGCGUCGUCAGGGGCGGGACAAAGCUCCGUGGGUCACAGCGGAAGAAAAUGGCGGCCGUGGCUGCAGAGCCAGGAGCUGCGGCGGUUUCGACAGGUUCGACGCCGGCAACGGACGACGAAGGCCCGUCAGAACCGAGCCUGGGACUUCCAGGAGUCCCGCUGCAGCCUGAGGGGCCUCGGGAGUCCGGCCCGGCUGUGGAGCUGCUGGUUGUCCGUGUGGAGGAUGGAGGGGAUGGGGAGGAGCGCCGCCAUGUCAGGCCGGAGCUGGAGCCCGCGGCGGGAAAAGCUCUGUGUGAGAACGUCGUGAGGGACGAACUGAUCAACAACCUCCCGGUAGACCGGGUCAGCAUGGACCGGAUCUCUCCCGGACUACCGGGAGAUCCCGAGGGCGGCGGGAACGUGUCUGUCCAGGCGGUGUACCGCAGCAUCCUUCCGGACCCGCAGCCCUCCGCCGUCUUCCUGCACUCCUUCCCGGCUCCGUCACCCGUCAGCGAGGCCGGGCUGUCUCUGGCCGAACCCGCCGUACCGACCACCAACGUGACGACGGACCGGGCCGAGACAGUGGGACGAGACCGGGGAUACACGGUCCCUGUCCAACCGGAGCUGAGGCCUGGGCCCGCGGAGGUCGCCCUGUUGGAUGGUAACGCGGACCGGCUGUCGGGCCCAGUCAACCUGGACGGACUGGACCCGGAGACCGGGUACAUUAAAAACUCGGCGGGGAAGGAGGAACCGCCGGUUCGCGGCCUGUUGGACUCGUCCCCCCCCUGCCGGUCCCCUAAGAGACGCCUGAUGACGGACAAGCAGGAGGAAUCCCCCCGCCUCCUGCUCGAACCCGGUCCACUCGUCUCCUUCCAGGACCUGAGUCCCGGCUCCGAGGUCCGGGUCUGCCUGGACCACGUCAUCGAUGACGCGCUGGUGGUGUCUUUCCGGAGGGGGGAGAAGGUCUUUUCCGGGGUGUUGAUGGACGUUUCCAGAAGGUUUGGACCGUACGGAAUCCCGAUCACGGUGUUUCCAAAACGAGAUAAUCGGAGUCGACUUCAAACAUCUCUUCAGUCAACGCCUGUUACCAAUGAUGACACGUCCAGCGAACAGGAACAGGCCACCAAUAGCACCCCAACCCCCCCUCCCCAUCACCCCUGGACUGCCAAACCACCACCGUUGUUCCAGGAGGGGGCGCCGUACCCUCCUCCUCUGUUCAUCAGGGACACCUACAACCAGGCUUUACCUCAGCCACUGCCACGAAAGAUCAGACGGCCAAAGCGGCGCUAUCGCUGCGAGGAGCCGACCUCCAUCAUGAACGCCAUCAAGCUCCGCCCCCGCCAAGUGCUCUGUGACAAGUGCAAAGGCGUGGUGGCAUCAGGCGGGAACAGGGAGGCACGACGUGGCCUAGUUGAUCUGAGGUGUGAGGAGGCGUCUCGGCGGCGGAGGGUGGCUGAGGGACCAAUCUCCUCAGAGGUCAAGAGGCUAAAGAGCGAUGACAAAGGUGGAAGAACGGCCACUGACAGACGGGCAUCAUCAGGGAUCUGUAUGUCAUCAUCCUCUCGUCGUGUGCUGAGGGGCGUGACAUCAUCUUCGUCGUCGUCAUCCUCGUCUGGCCACAUCCGUUUGAAGCUGAACUCUAAGAAGGCACUGGCCAAAGAUUCGGCCAGUGAUCGCUCCAAAGCGCGGCAGGCUCUGAAGAAGCUGGCAAGGAGCUCCCAGCCUCCACCACAUCGCCAGCCCAAAGACCAGAACCAGAGUCAGAGCCAAGACCGCACCAAGGCUGUGACUCGAGCUGCCACCCUGCAGAACCACAACCAGAAGGUCCACUUCACCCGCCGCCUGCAGCACCUCAGCGGAGCCGCUGUCAGCUCCAGCUCUCACACGCCGCUGCCGCCAAGAAUGCGUCUCAAACCUCAAAGGUAUCGUACCGAUGAUAACCAGGCUUCCCCACCUACCCCACCCAAACAGAGCACUCGCUCAUCGCCUCCCAAACACGCUUUAAACCCUGCCCCCACAUCGGACCUGGUCCAGCCUACCGCCCUGCCAUUUCUUUCUCAAGCACCCCCCUCCUCCACCUGUGCAGUCAGUGUUGUCGUGGAGACACAUGAAGUCUGUACAGAUCAGGGAGGAGGAAGGGGGGGAGAUGAGGGUCCUCCACCACCACCCCCCUCGUCCUCCUCCUUUUCGUCCUUGGACUCAUCCCACUCAGAGUGUGGCUCCUCAGAGACCUUUGACCCCCCGCCCACUGGAGACCCACCCUCCUCAUCCUCCCUUCUUGCUCCUGCCCCCUCUCCCUCCUUACUAGCUCCUCGUUACCCCCCUUCUUCCUCACCCAUCAUCCCUCCCCUUAGAUCUGACAGCGAGGAGCCACAGGUUGGCGGUGGCGAGGAGGACGAGGAGGGAGGUGAACUGAAGAGGCGUCGUAAGUCUUCCACAUCCUCCUCCUCGUCCUCGUCGUCUUCGUCUUCCACUGUCUUCUCUAAGUCUGUGUCCAAGUGUCCUCUUCCAGAUGGCCGGACUGUGUGCGUAGGUGACAUCGUCUGGGCAAAGAUCUACGGUUUCCCUUGGUGGCCGGCUCGAGUGCUUGGCAUCACGGUCGUGCGGCGUGGUGACACAGGACUGGCGGUGCGGCAGGAGGCGCGUGUCUCCUGGUUCGGUUCCCCCACCACCUCCUUCCUGCCGCUCGCCCAGUUGUCCCCCUUCCUGGAGACCUUCCAGUCUCGCUUCGAUAGGAAGAGAAAGGGGCCGUACCGUCGUGCUAUCGCAGAGGCCGCUAGUGCAGCCAAACAGCUAACGCCUGAAGUCCGAGCCCUGCUUACGCAGUUCGAGACGUAGCAUCUGAUAAAACAACCCCCAACCCCACACGCUUCUAACCCCCAUCAUUGCCUCACCCUCUUCAGGUAGUGGGAGAAGCCUCUGCCCGGGACAGUUUUUUGACGAACUGACGUAUUUGUUUGAUUGGAAGGGGCGGAGCCUGAGGCUAACUAGUCAGCAGAGGUGGUGGAACCUGAGGGUAACCAGUGUUAGGUGAUCAGGGGGUAUGGCUUAUUCAUCAGGUGUGAGCGUUUCCACUCGCCAUCUCGUCAGCAUCAUCUUUUUGUAGUUCAUGAAAGAGACAGUUUGCCAAGUUACUCAUCAUAGUGAUGUCACAGUGACAGUAAUGAUGACACAUCAUGAAUCAAUAAGGAGAAUCACAAAAUAUACAUUAACAACAAAAUAAGUUGACUUCGUUAUAAGCCAAACAUGGUGGUUUCUAGACACUGGUCGAUUGAUUGAAUUAUUGAUUAGAUAACGUGACACCUGGACUUUAUCAGUUCAGUGAUGGCGAUGUGAAAUGCUGACAUACUGAUUCCUUCCUGUUUCUCCUGGUUCCUGAACAUUCUGUCCUGACUGAAAACUUUUCUGAAGAAGAAUUUGAGGCCCGAGUUCCCAAACAGGCUUCAAUGACAUCAUCUGUUCUCUGAUUGGUUCAUAUUCUGAUCUCCCACAAUCCAACAGGAGCUUUACUAGGUCCCCGUUGUCCUUUGUCAGACCAUGUCCCUAUAGUCCUGUACCAGACCAGGUCCCUGUAAUCUGGAUUAACCAGAUUUACAGGCGGAUUUUGGAUCAUUUCCGGGUUGUUUGUUCCUCAGGAAGUUUCUCAAGAAAAGAUUCAGCUGCUGAUGUUUAUUUAAAGACCUUUAUUUUGAAGUUCACAGAUGAGCAGACAGACGGACAGGAAGUACGCUGUUAGACUGAUGAUGAUGAAGGUGAUUUUCCCUCAGACUCAUUUUACCGUCUGUUUGCAGAUCAGAGAUUCUGAAACAAUGAAACUGAUCAAUUCAUCAAUCAAUCGAUCAAAAGAAACUGUACAUGUUUAUUUCUGUUGUUUUAAAUCUAUUAAUAAACUGUCAAACUUC